AUGUCCGAAUCCUUAUUACAAUAUGGUAAUCGUAUUAAUAUUUAUAAAAAUGUAUGUCAAAUAAUAAUAAGUCAAUUAAAUAUAACAUUUGAUCAAUUAUGUCAAUUUCAUUAUCAUUAUCAUCAUAAUAAACAAUAUGAAAUAGUCAAUAACGAUUUACUUGUUAAUAUGAAUACUUCUAAUAUUAUGAAUGAUCAUUCGAAUACAAGUAAUGAGAUACAAAUACAGAAUAAAAUGAAUUAUAUAAGAUCUAUUCAAUCUAAUUUAUAUACUAUACAAAUGAAUAUACAAAAACUUUCUGGAUGGUAUUUAUUAAUUUAUCGUCUUUUAACUAAUAUACCAGCUAUGUUAAUAUGUUUUAUUUAUGGUUUAUUAUUGAAUAGAAUAAGUCAAAAUUAUAUUAUGAUUAUACCAUGUUUAGGAUGUAUUCUAUCAUGUAUAUUAUUUAUAAUUAAUUUAUUACCAAAUUUAAAAUUAAUAACAAAUUCAAUGAUAUUUAUUUUAAUUGGUGGUACACUAUAUGGAUUAUGUGGAAAAAGUAAUGCAAUAAAUUUAUGUGUUCAUAGUUAUAUAACACAAUAUAGUAAUAAAAAAAAACGUACAAAUAUAAUUGGACGUUUAUUAGGUGUAAAUUUUUUUGGUUUAGCAAUUGGUGCAUUAUUACUUGGUAUGUUUUAUCGAUUUUUAAAUUAUUUUGAAAUGAUUAUAUUUGUCAUGAUUGGUAAUCUAUUAAUCAUAAUCAUUUUAUUAUUUUUGGUGAAAAAUUCUAAAAAAUCUUUGUUGAAUUCUUCUUCAUCAUCAUCAUCACCAUCAACAACAACACAUUCAGUGGAAGUAGUGAUUAAUCCAUCUGAUGAACAACAUGUCGAACAGAAUGAUUUGAAUGAUAACCUUACUGCUAAUACUAAUAAUAAUAAUAAUAACAAUAAUAAUACCAGCCAUACGAACUCAUAUACACACGAGGAACAUAAAACAUAUUGUCAAGAUAUAAUUUCUUACUUAUUAAAACCUUUAUUUAUAUUAAAAUCUUCUUAUAAAUUUCUAUUCCCUAAACGUACUACUACUACUACUGAUAAUAAUAAUAAGCAUAUUUACUUAUUAAUCUUAUUAGGUACAAUAUUAUUAAAACAAAUAACUAAAUCUGGUGAACAAGAUGUAACAUUAUUAUAUUUAAUGAAUCAAUCAAACUUAUUAUGGAAUACUGAAUUAUAUGCAUAUUACAUAACAUGUUAUUAUAGUUUAAUGUUUAUACAAUUAAUUAUAUUAUUACCAAUUAUAGAGAAUAAAUUUCUUAUACGUGAUACAACAUUAAUUAUUAUUGGUUUAUUUACUGAAAUGAUACGUUUAUUAAUUUUAAGUUUAUUACAUCAUAAAAUAUUGAUCUUUUUAAGUGCUAUAAUUGGUUCACCAGCAUGUUAUAUAACAACUUGUACAAAAUCAUUAAUAAGUAAAUUAGUAAUAUAUAAUGAUGAAUUAAAUAUAAGUUUGACAAUUAUAUCUAUAAUAGAAAUUAUAGCUAAUUUUAUUGGUGGAUUCUUAUUUAUAUUUAUAUAUAAUAAGACUUUAUUAUAUUAUUCAUCAUUUAUAUUUAUAUUUGAUGUGAUAUUAAAUAUACCAGUUAUUAUUAUAUUUAUAUGGUUAAGAUAUAAAUUAAUUGAAUAUGAAUUAAAUAGAAAUUAAAUUAUUAUGUAAUUGUUUUUAUUACAUAACAUUACAUCAUCAUCAUCAACAUCCUCUUACCGUUUUCUUGAUCUGAUGAAAUCAACCCAUUUGAAUUAUUCAACUGAUUCUUUUCAUCUAUAAUAGAAAAUGAUCUAUCUGGAAAACUAUCUUCUUCAGCCUCGGUACAUAAUUAUCUGUGUCAUUAGCAUGGUGUAAUGUAGUGAUAAGACGUUUUUUACCUAUUAUUGUAUCAUUUAUUAUACCAUUAUGAUCAUUUUCAUAACUGUCCGAAUAUGAAUAAUAAUUAUUUUGAUAAUAAUUCCUAAUGUUAUUUGUGUCAGCUAUUGGCUUAACAAUAUAUUGUCGUCUAUUCAUUAAUGAUGAUAUUUAAUUGUUAUUAUUCAUUACUGAUUGUUUUGAUCUAUUACUUUUAUCAUCAUUGAUAUCUCUUCGUGUACCGGCGCUAACUGAUCUACGUGACUUUGUUCUAUGUUGUGAUGAUUUGAUUAAUUUUGUUUCAGAUGAAUUAUUCAAUGAUGUAUAGAUUGUAACAUCAUCAUCAUCAUCAUUAUCAUCAUUGUCAAUUAUGCUUGUAACUAAUAGCAUUGAAACGUUACUUAGUAACUGUACAAAUACUUAUCAUAUUUAUAAUGAUUAACAAAAAUCUUGAUUAUACUUAAACAUAAUAUGAUUAAGUAUUAUAUUCUGCACUUUUUUUACUUCUCUCUUUGUUUUUCUCUUUGUUUUUCUUGCUUUUUUUCUUUUCGAAUUAUAUAUUACUUAAUAUAAUAUUGAUUUACUAUUAGUACAAGUGUAUACUUCUUAAGAAAUGGUAUUGUUUUAAUGGACAUUUUCUAUCUCUUUUUUUCUUUCAAAACAACAACAUCUUCAUUUUAUUUCACAUACAAUACAAUAAGUUUCAUACACAUAGAUCCCAUUUAUUAUCUUAAAGAGAGUAAGAACUCAACUAAUCUUCGUUUUUGCUCUCAUUAAAAUACAAUAGGAUACUUUCCUUAUUUUCAUUAUUAUAAAAUAACAUUUUAUAAAACACUUAUAUUUAAGUCUUAUCAAUGAUGAGUCGUUAUUAUUAAAAUAUUUUUGGUAUGAUUUAAUAUUCUUAAUUAAUUUAAACAAAAUUCGUGAAUUAUAAUUAUAUUCAUAUAGUAUAAUCUGUAAUACUGAUAUAUUUGAAUGAUUUCAAACAUUAAAAUAUAUUUUAUUGACCAAA